AUGACAGAGUUUCUCUGCACAGCAUGCUCUCGAUUUGCCGAUGAUUUUGGCGAGGUUGAACAAAAAGGCUGGAGAUCUUUUCUCGACAUCGCACCUGAUUUCCACUCGUUGGCGAAACUAACACAGAGUGGGUGUUCGUUUUGCCAAAUUGUCUACCAAUCUUGCUGUUAUGGUGAAACCGUAUCUUAUGAGAGGGAUACACUUCUCAUUCGAGUCGAAGCAUUGGCGGGUCAUGGUCUCGGCCAUGAUAGCUACAGUGACUGUGACAGUAUCUUCACGGAUGGUGAGGAAGAUGAUAGGCUUUCAUUUCGCGACCAAUAUCCAAGGCAGCUGUAUCUUAAAAUAACUAUUGGCGACAAAGGAGAGGGCCGUUCGCAUCAUUUGCCUCUAGUAAUGGGCGAGUGCUCAGAAAAGUCGACAAAUUUAUCAAAAUCACACGCGGAUGAGCCCAUUAUCAAUCUCUGCUCAAGCGAAGGUGUUGAUGAUGCAGUUGCCUUGGCUAAAUACUGGAUACUUGAAUGUGACCGUUUCCAUACCAAAUGCAACGAUUGUCCAUACACCAAACAGCAACCAAAGGUCCUACCCACGAGGAUUAUAGACGUUGGAUCAACCAGCAGAGGGAAUCCACCACGGCUAUAUGUACCCAAUCCGCUCGACAAUGAGGAUGCGGAGUAUGCUGCUUUGAGUUACGCCUGGGGUUCCAAUCCCACAUUUGCGACAACUACAGCAUCCAACAUUGACGAAAUGACACAAUGUCUGCCAUGGGACAAGCUCGCAAAUACUAUACAAGAAGCUAUCAUGUUCACCCGGAAGCUGGGAAUUAGAUACCUAUGGGUUGAUGCUUUGUGUAUACUGCAAAGUGAAGGCCACGACGAUGCAUUUCAUAAAGCAGAUUGGUCUUAUGAGGCCAGUCGAUUCGGCCAAUAUUACGAGAACGCUAGAUUGACUAUUGCAGCAACGGGAGCCGUCUCUUCUGACAAGGGACUAUUCCUCCCACGGCCUGCUCUGCUAGUCAAUCCGAAGCCAGUUAUCUUUCGACAAAAGAAAUUUUGGGGCGGAAUCAGAGACAUCACCGUCCUACCACUGUCUCCAAUAUGGAAUUUCGAAAUAGGCAGCUCCCCUCUUCUUUUAAGAGGAUGGACAUUGCAGGAAAGAGCCCUUUCUAAGAGGGUCUUGCACUUUGGGAUGAACUGCAUCCUGUGGGAAUGUCACGAGUGUCGGGCGAUCGAAACCGCGCCACGUCGCUUAGAGCCUGUAACUUCCAAGGAUAUAAGCAACGACUUCGUCUAUGCGUUUAGAAAUCUGCAAAACCUGGCGGGGGAAAGUUUUGUGAAGUUGUGGUACAGAUUUGCCGGCCGUUAUUCAAUGCGCAAAUUCACCUUUGCCUCGGAUAGACUACCAGCCUUGUCCGGAAUUGCUGCAAGAGUUCAGGACUGCUUCCAGCAAAAGUAUAUCGCAGGCUUAUGGGCGUCCAAUAUAACUCAGGGGCUGGCUUGGGCAGUUCCCGGGGUACCCAAUCACAAAUCUCCAAGUUUGACUGAUCUGUCUAUGGGCGUUGAAUGGAAGACUAUGCCCUCAAAGCUCAACAUUCCCUCGUGGAGUUGGGCGUCUAGUGAUAGACUAAUACAUAUGUUCUUCCACUCCGAUGAGUGGACUUCGAUGGUUAAAAUCAAGAGCUGGACGGUAGAAACGAAGGGUGCGGAAACUUCUGGGCAAGUUGUUCACGGGACGCUACGUCUAAAAGGUCUGUUCCAGAUGAUAAAUUUGGUCGAUCUCAGUCCACCAUUUAGUAGAGCACAAUUUAAUCGAUAUGGAUUCGUAUAUGAGGAAGAUCUCGCAAAGCACUUCAGCAAUAGGCUCUUUGCUUGUAUUCUUCUUGGAACAGAAAUUAGGUUUUGGUGGAAAACCCGUGCUACAAUUCUUCUAGCAGGUACACUCAUACUUCAGCCAACUGGUCAAGGUGUCGAUUCGACAGAAGAGUACAGACGUGUUGGAUUUCUCAGAGCCCCUUUUAGGGGCCACUGGUCUGAAGUUACCGAAACCAGGACCAUUGAUCUUGUAUAA